AUGGAUAUUAAAGAUAUGUCAUUAUCCCUUUACCAUCACAUGUGCAAACAUUUAGUCGGAACAGAAAAUCACGUUAAAACAAUUAGACUGAUGAAUGCAGUUUGUGAUGAUUUAUUAAGUGGCAUCCCAUCAGUGACUAUUACCAGUGGUAGUUUUGGUGAAGGACUGCAGAUGCUUGGUAGUGAUUUAGAUAUUAUGGCUGUAUUAAAAUACAUCGAGGUCCACGAAACAAUAGCAUCUAAUGCUUUUGAUCCUAUGAAAACGCAUUUCGCGCUGAUGACAGAAGAUACAAAACCAGGUUUCGCAAUGUUACGUCUAAUAAGUAGUCCUCAUCCUCCAAUGCGGAAAAGUUGUGAAAUAUUCAGAAGAGACAACUAUCUGUCAAAUGUUUUAUUCAAGAAUUUCUUUUCGGCCGGGCUCAUUAUACAUGGACCCUGCGUAUCUGACAAAGAAGGUCUUUUUGACUUCGCAAGUUGCCUUCAUAGUAAAUAUUGGGUCACGUCGGCAUUACAAUGGACUAUGAGGUCACAUAAUUCAUGGCCAGAUGAAAAUACAAUGCAGAUGAUCAUCAAUCACGGGGUACUUUUUGUGCCAAUUGGUUCUAAAGGGUCACCACACGAGGAAUUGGAAUGGCGAAUGUCAUUCUCAGUUGGAGAAAAAUUUCUUAUUUAUACGUUUAAUCACACGCAAUUACUUUGUUAUGCGCUCAUGAAAAUUCUUUUAAAGGAUGUUAUAAAUACUGAUAGUAGAUGUACAGAUUUGUUGUGUUCUUAUUACAUGAAGACAAUACUUUUCUGGAUAUCAGAAGAAUUUGAACCCUCUGUGUGGACGCCUGACAAUUUAAUACCGUGUUUUAUGAGAUGUUUCCGUCGGCUGAUUUAUUCUGUUGAGUAUCAAGUUUUUCCCCAUUAUUUCAUUCCAGAAAAUAAUUUGUUUGAGAAUAAAAUAGAAGGACUGGGUAGGUCUAAUUUGAAGGAUGCACUCCGUGUGCUACAAAGCUAUGGAUGGCGAUGUAUUACAUUCUCAAAGCAAAUUUCGUAUGUUUCGAUUUUGUCAUUCAGCGUUCCAAACGAUCAAAGUUUCUUUUAUUAUGAAGAUAUCGACAAGUUCUUAAAUUCAAAAAUUGUUGCUCGUGUUACUUGUGUGAAUGGUGAACUCAAUAACUUAAGUAAAGCUAUUUAUAAUAUUACGACUUAUAACUCCAAAAAAUUGAAAUACCUUCAUGUCUUUUUCAUGUCAGUGGUGUGCAACAGACGUUGCCAGUACGUACGUCUGAGCGGUAUUAACUGUAAUAAGAACCAAUAUAAACAAUAUAACACUUGUCUGAGUUAUCUACUGAUGAGCAUCCACCAUGAUUCUGUCUCAGGGUGGUUGAUGCUUGCCUCGUUUUUCUAUAAGACAAACCAAUAUAAAAAAUCCCUCAUCAUUAUUGUGUAUGCAUUAUCGAAGUGUACACUGGACACACUAUACCUUUUCACAGUUGUGUCAGUCAGACAAAAUCUUCUAGCCAAAUGGCACUUUGAACAAAAGCAAGGCUUGAUGCGUUCGAUAAAAUUCGUACUAGCAGAUCAUGUUAAUUGUGUAACUUCUUUAUUUAUUCCUAAGGAACUGCUAAUAGAUGGAGGUAAACAAAAAAUACCGCCAAAAGUGUAUGCACAUUUUCUGUCUUUCUUGUGCCAUUUCCGUCAGAACAAUGAGCGUGAAUGUCGAAACUCACUUAAAGAUCUUCAGUCGACAAUAGCCAAAGAUUAUUUCAUAGGUCAGCAUUCAGUUUUUCAACCAUCAACUUACUACUGUCUUGGUACUGCUUUACAGUUAAUGGGAGACAACGUAUCAGCCAAACAAGCUUUCACUGAGACUUUGAGAUUUCCUUCUAAUAUAAGAUCUUUGAACAGACCGUAAAAGACCUGCAUGGGUAGUCUAGGUCGUUUUAAAAAAAAAACUCGUUGUCGUCUAAGAUAAUGGUAAUUCAUUUUAAAGAGUUUUUUAA